AUGAGGCAUUCAAUUGGAGUUUGCAGAAAAGAGGACAAGAUGAGUGGCCGCAAUCAGAACAACCGACCCGCCCGGUCUAUAAGGGGACCGCAAUCGGCUCUGACAGAUUUCCUUGCCUCCCACAACAUCUCCGCCAAUCAGAUCCAGCUUGAUCACCAGCGUCGACGAAAUCAAGCUCAGACAGCCCAGGACCCAAACAAUACCCAGCAAGAUGGCGGAGACCCCAGCGCCGCAGUCACUGCAGCGGCCAGUCCAGCUGAGGCUGCUGUCGAGACCACAGCCGAUCGCAAAGCUCGAGAGAAGGAAGAGAAACGCAAGAAAGACCAACAGAAGGCUCUGGAGAAGAUCAAGGCAUCCAAGAAGUUCCAGAAGCGCAAAAAGCUGCUGGAUAACUCCGACGAGGAAGAGGAACUCGCUCGCCAGUGGUUGGGCACUAUCAAUACCCCUGCCCCCGGUCAGAUGGAGAACUGUGCAAUCUGUGGAAAGCGUUUCACAGUAACUCCCUACUCUCGAGCCGCGCCCCAGGGAGGGCUGCUGUGCAAUCCUUGCGGUAAAGAUCUCGACAAGGACGAUGGCGGCAGCGCCAAGAAGAAGAAGAAGACGACUGCUGGUGGUCCGGUUGGCAGACGCCGAAAGAUGCAGAGUAACAUUCUCGAUGGCACAUACCACAUUGGUGCGAGAAGCUUGAUGAAUUUAUGCAUCGACACCCUUGCCAAGAACAUCGCCCUUGCUGAGGACUUGGGCGAUCUUCCUGCUCCACUGGUUGACAGAAUUGCCAGAAUUCUGUCCAAGCGUCGUCUCCUAGACCCCAACACCCUGGAGCUUUUCCUGCAGCCCAAAGCAGAGGACGUGCAUAUCUACGAUGGUGCCAAGCUCAGCUCAGAGAACAUCAUGCGCAUCUUCCAAGUUGUGCCUAAAAUCAAGAAUCUCAAGAUUCGGAAUGCCAUCCAAUUCAAGGAUGAAGUCAUGGAUUACGUUAUCUCUCGUGAUAACAUCAAUUUGGAGGGUUUCUAUCUACAUGGUGCCAAUCUUGUGAGCGAGACUCACUUCAUCAAGUAUCUCAAAGCAAAAGGACAGUCUCUGCGAAGCUUCAAGAUCUACUACACCGACAAACAUUUUGGUAACGAGGCUGUUACUGCACUCAAGGAACACGCUCCUGCUCUGAAUCGCCUGAAGAUUUGCCACAACCAAGAAGUCAGCGGCGAUGGAGUGCGAGAGAUCGCAGAACUCAAACAACUGCAGCAUUUAAGCCUUGAUCUCCACAAAUCAGUCCACUCGGACGUCUAUGUCCAUGUCUUGAAGAAUAUCGGUGCAGGUCUCAAGACUUUGUCUCUGAAGAUGGUCCCUGAGAUCGACAACACGGUACUGGAUGCCAUCCACGCCAAUUGUCGUUCACUCGAGAAGCUGCGCAUCACAGACAGCGAGGUCAUGACUGAUGAAGGCUUCGCGCGACUCUUCAAUGACUGGGAGAAUCCAGGCUUGAUCACUCUCGAUCUUCAGAAAUGCCGCCAGCUGGAUUCCGCCCAUCCUCGAGCCAAUCCUGAUAACCUUGGACUUUGUUCUAACGGCUUCCGUGCAUUGAUGGAACAUUCAGGAAGGACCCUACGCCACCUCAACAUUCAUGCGUGUCGACAUAUCUCUCGUGAAGCCUUUGAGGAGGUCUUCAGUGCUCAGAGUGUCUAUCCUGACCUUCGGGAUCUUGAGAUCAGCUUCUGUGAAGAAGUCACCGACUUCAUCGUUGGUAGCAUCUUCCGCAGCUGUCCCUAUCUCCGCGAAAUGAAUGUCUUUGGGUGCAUGAAGGUGAAGGAUGUCAGAGUGCCUCGAGGCAAGAUCUUGGUUGGCGUGCCCAAUGCUGUGGGCAUGCAGAUUGACGGUGAUGCUUGA